ACAGAAUAAUAUGACAGUCUUAUUUUUUGUCUAUGGCACUUUCUUUCUUGUCUAUGGCACUGUCAAAGUCGUGUCAAGUGUCAGUGUCAAAAGUCAAUGUCAUUGUCAUUUUCAAAGUUUCGUCUUGCUUGUGUGAAUGUAAUUGAUGUUUAAAUUUAUUUUAUUAAAAAUUAAAAUAAGAAAUAAGAAUAGAACUUUAAAACAUUUAUGUAGAGUUAUAUAUUAUAUUAUUUUACUGUUGAAAGAUGGAUGCGCAGGCAAAAAAACCAGCUAAAAGACCUACUAAAAUCGAAGAAUUGACGAAGGAGCAAGUAAGACAAGCAAUCGUAAAGAAACGCGAAUGCAACUCCAAAGCGCAAAGAAUAGUGGAGAGUUUGCUAGAUAAACACAUACUGGAGGAUUAUUUCCUUAAAUGCUUGCCUGAUAUCAACCAAACUCACUUGGAAGACGUGAUUGAAGAGAGAUCUAUACUACAUCUAUGCGGUUAUCCCCUGUGCCAUAAAACCUUGUCAGAGAAAGAUAUACCUAAACAAAAGUACAGAAUAUCUAUGAAAACGAAUAAGGUUUACGACAUAACUGCAAGGAAAAGUUUCUGCAGUAACAUAUGUUAUAAAUCUGCAAUGCAUGUUAAAAAGCAAAUGUUAACAAGUCCUUUGUGGUUCAGGGACUAUGAAAAGAUACCAGUUAUAUAUCUUUUGCCAUUAAAUUCAGUGGGGAGCAUGGGGCAAGAAAUUGAUUUGAGCUUAACUGAAAAAAUUGUCUCAACGUCAGACAGACAGACCUUUACAUCUGUAAAUGAUUUUGCAAACGCCACACUUAACGAGGUAGAUGAUAAUAAAAACAGCAACAACACAAAUAACAAUCAAUCACAUAUAAUUGAAAAUGCAAACAAUAUUUUUGUGGCAGCAAAGGAUAAUAAAAUUGAAAAAAUAGAUCAUAGUACUGAUGAUAGUUCAAAUAAUAUAUCUACAGAUUGUAAUGGACCACCAUUAGAGACAACUGUUAAAAACGAAUUUAUAAAUCUAAACACAAACACAAAUAAAAUUGGUGAUACAAAUGAUGAGCAAGAUAUCAAACCAAUAGAUCUUAGAAUAAUAAACAAACCAACUACAGCAAUGACUUCAGUGAAAGAAACCCAACCUGUAAAGAAUAUAACGAAAAAUCCACUCAACAUUGUAGGUGAUGUGAUAGAGAAAGCGGUGAAACCUGUUGAUCCUAUACUAGUAUAUGUACCACAGACAAAUAAAUCAGAAACAAAAUGCACUGUAAACAAUAAAAAGUUACCACAAAAGAAACAACCAUCAAUUGCAGCAAUAACAAUAGAAGUUGAAAAAUGUUUAGCAGAGUGGUUCACCAUAGACACAUUACUCUUUAUAUUUGGUGAAGACAAAGUCAAAGAGAUGGUUGCCUACAAAGGAGAAUGCAUUAAAGAUUAUUUGAACAACUAUUCCAAACAUAUCUCAUACAGUUCCAAUACAUAUGACCAAUACCAAGCUCUGUGUAAGAAAUUAAAAAUGUUGGAAUUAGAGGAUAAGAGAUUUGAUUUGCAAACAUUGGGUCGGGAGUCCAAGCCACUGCCAGACUACAGCAUACUGAAAGAGGAAAGUAAGAAAAUGCAGUUAAAAGUUAAAGCUUUCUUCUCUGCACAAACUGAGAUUCCCAUACCAAAUGAAACCUCUGAAAACACAGAUGAAAAUAUUGAAGAAGAGAAUAAAACACAAUUACCUUUAGUAGAUAAAAAUGCACAGAAUGCUUUAAGAAGGAGAAUAGUUUGCAAACAUUUGAACAAAGUACUACCGGACAUACUUCGAUCUUUAGGCUUAUACAGUUCAAUCAGUUCCGACAUAUGUCUACUAGUUAAUACAUUUAAAUUAAAAGCUAACAAUAUUAUGUUUAAGCCAAUACAGUGGACUCUGAUAGCUAUAGUAUUUAUUAAAUUGCUUUCACUGAGAAAUAGUGGGUUGAAGAUCUUAUUGGAGCAACCAAUGGCAUUCCAGCAUAUGCAGUUAAUGCUUUUGAGUUAUAAACAAGACGGUGGUUACUUAGAUAGGUUAAUCUCUUGGCUCACAGAUAUAGAUCGCUUGUUGGAUGUUAAUGAUACUCAGUUGACUGUUGAGUAGUGUGGAUUUAUAUUUCUGUGUUGUGGUCUGCCCAUUUCACAAAAUUAUGCAAUCAUAAAGCAUUAAUUUGUGUUAAGUUUGUGAUGUGAUUAAUACUUUUGAUAAUAGUAUCUCAGAUCAACAUGAAAAUCUGACUUUAAGUAGUAUAAUUUAUGUGAUAACUAUUUAUAAUUAUUUUUUAUUGUAAUAAAUAUUAUUAAUUUAAGAAA